ACUUGACCGUGGGCGCCGAGCAUCCGGGCGGCGCGGCGCGGGAGGCGAGCUUUAUGUAAAUCCGGGCUGCGCCCGGGCGUCCUAGGUAGGAUGGACCAGCCCCCCGCGCCUCGGCCCUCACGUCCAAUAAGAAAAGCCCCAGCUUGACACCUGCCUAUAUACAGGCGAGCGCGCCCCCCGCCCGCGGACCGCGCGCACAGCCCGCACAGCCCACGCCGCGGGCCAGCGAGACCUCGGCCCGCCACCAUGACUUCCAGUAAGAUCGAGAUGCCCGGCGAGGUGAAGGCCGACCCCGCUGCCCUCAUGGCGUCCCUGCACCUUUUGCCGUCGCCCACGCCCAACCUCGAAAUCAAGUACACGAAGAUUUUUAUUAACAACGAGUGGCAGAACUCAGAGAGUGGGAGAGUGUUCCCUGUCUAUAAUCCAGCCACAGGAGAACAGGUGUGUGAAGUUCAAGAAGCAGACAAGGCAGAUAUAGACAAAGCAGUGCAGGCAGCCCGCCUGGCUUUCUCUCUUGGGUCAGUGUGGAGAAGGAUGGAUGCUUCAGAAAGAGGACGUCUAUUGGAUAAGCUUGCAGACUUGGUGGAACGAGACAGGGCAGUUCUUGCAACCAUGGAAUCCCUAAAUGGUGGCAAACCGUUCCUGCAAGCUUUUUACGUGGAUUUGCAGGGGGUCAUCAAAACCCUUCGGUAUUAUGCAGGCUGGGCUGAUAAAAUUCACGGGAUGACCAUUCCUGUAGAUGGAGACUAUUUUACCUUUACAAGACACGAACCCAUUGGAGUGUGUGGACAGAUCAUCCCGUGGAACUUCCCCCUGCUGAUGUUUGCCUGGAAAAUCGCCCCAGCUCUGUGCUGUGGCAAUACAGUAGUUAUUAAACCAGCGGAGCAAACACCACUCAGCGCGCUCUACAUGGGAGCCCUCAUCAAGGAGGCUGGCUUUCCACCGGGAGUCAUCAAUAUUUUGCCAGGAUACGGGCCAACAGCGGGGGCAGCAAUAGCUUCUCACAUCGGCAUAGACAAGAUUGCGUUCACAGGGUCCACUGAGGUUGGAAAGCUUAUCCAAGAAGCAGCUGGAAGAAGUAAUUUGAAGCGAGUAACUCUGGAACUUGGAGGGAAAAGUCCCAAUAUUAUUUUUGCAGAUGCUGAUUUGGAUUAUGCCGUGGAGCAGGCUCACCAGGGCGUGUUCUUCAACCAAGGCCAGUGCUGCACCGCGGGGUCUCGCAUCUUUGUGGAGGAGUCCAUCUACGAGGAGUUUGUGAGAAGAAGCGUGGAGCGGGCCAAGAGGCGCAUAGUGGGGAGUCCAUUUGACCCCACCACUGAGCAGGGACCCCAGAUUGAUAAGAAACAAUACAACAAGAUCCUGGAACUCAUCCAGAGUGGUGUGGCCGAGGGUGCCAAGCUGGAAUGUGGAGGCAAAGGGCUGGGCCGGAAGGGGUUUUUCAUCGAGCCCACGGUGUUUUCCAACGUCACUGAUGACAUGCGGAUUGCGAAGGAAGAGAUCUUUGGCCCCGUUCAGGAAAUUCUGAGGUUUAAGACUAUGGAUGAAGUUAUUGAAAGAGCCAAUAACUCAGACUUUGGACUCGUAGCAGCUGUCUUUACUAAUGACAUCAACAAGGCCCUCACAGUGUCUUCUGCAAUGCAGGCUGGGACGGUUUGGAUCAAUUGUUACAAUGCCUUAAACGCCCAGAGCCCCUUUGGGGGAUUCAAGAUGUCUGGAAAUGGGAGAGAAAUGGGAGAAUUUGGUUUGCGAGAGUACUCCGAAGUGAAGACUGUGACAGUAAAGAUCCCCCAGAAGAACUCUUAAGAUGACCAAGAAGGAAGGUGAAGGCCAGCCUGCACGCUCUCCCUCUCUGCUUUCCCUGUGGGGCCCAGCUCUCAGGAAUUCAAAGCUGAUACUCGGUCCUUAUUUAAAGAUUUAAAUAAUAAUAUGUAGGCCAGGCCAGUCACUGCAUAACUAGAGCAAACCAGUUGGCACUCUGUGAGGGAUCACCUAAUGAUACCAAAUAUGGGGAGAGCGGGAUGAAGGUAAGAGGUAGUUGGGCAUAUCCACUGUCUCCUUCCGCAGUGAGGGGCAGAAGGAGGGAGCUGUAUUCGCUGAUGCCUUUUGUCACAAAACUUUCCUCCUGAGGGAAGGUGGCCUUUCCAUUGUCUUCAUUUCCCCCUUCCGGCUCUCCUUGCUGACCCCUCUCCCGCUCCUCCAAGGAGAUCUCAGUUGAGCUCAUUUGGGGCAGAUGUUUGGGCCGGGAACAAUUUUCCAAGGUUUUGCAGCCAAAUUACCAUUUCAUGUUAUCCAUUUCUUCAAAGCAAAACAUGAAAUGGUUUUAGUUAGAGCCAGACCAGACUGAAAAUGCCAGGAGCUGGUACCCUGCAGAUGGGCUAGGAAGUGAGAACUUGGAAUAGUCCUGACCCAAUCUGGUUGCCUUACAUCCAUAAAUAACAUGAGUGAAAGAUCAGGAAGAUGAGAUCUGGAGACCAUCAUGUGUAGUUCACAGCUUCUGAGUUUGUUGCAUGGUUUUGGGGUGGGAGGUUGUGCGCGUGCAGGCACAUGUGUGCCCAGACACACAUUUAAUUCCUUCUGGGUUAUUCUGGAAUAAGGCAGGGGGUGCAUUGUUUUUCAUAGAUUGAUAAAAUCUUUUCCAAAGCUAAUCUUUAAAAUCAACCAAAAAACGAUCUGAGUAGGCUCAAGAAUUUGGAUAAAGGUAAUGUUGGGUGCCUUGCAGAAGUAAUUCCGUUUUCAGCACUGGCUGACACUUCUUACUGAGUGAACAGACUCUGCAGCUGGAAUCUGUAGCUUCCCCUGCUCCGGCCCCCACUGCACCAACUCCUGCUGCGCCCCGUGCUGUGGUGCGCCUUGGGCCCGUCAUGCCCUAAAUCCCUGGGCAGUAACCUGGGAACCCUGGCCGAGCCUGGAGGUUGCCUUUUCCAUUCGCAGAGUUCCGGUGUGCCACGAUUGCCGUGCUCCACCAGAGCUGCUCCAUCAUGCCUGUGGCUCAGCCACUCACCAUUCUUGCCUCUCGGCUUCCAAGCUGGAGGCGUGCGGCAGCCAGUCUUUUUCCUCCCAGCCACACACUCCUCUUCUGCUUUCCGGUGAAUCCACCAGUUCGAUGCGGGCAGUGUCGGCUUCCUUUCCUUCUUUCCUCUUUCCGGCCGCCAAAUCCAGUCCAGUCUCUGACCUAGAUGAAGAUCAUUUAUUUAAAAGUACCAAACAUAAUCUAGAGGUCAUGAAAUAUGGGCAACAUACGCAGCCUUCUCUAUUUAACAGCCUUCUGCUUUCUGGCCAUACCGGUCUUCUAUUAUAACCCCUGUCUAGUCAGGAGGCUUUAAAGAAAUCUCUACUUGCUGUUAUUGACAAACGACAGUGCAUUGAGUGGCCCGAUGCCUUGAGAGAUGCCACGUUUCUGAGUUCUUCCAUGUGAAUGUCAUGCUCUCCUCCUAUAGCGUGUGUCCAAGUGAAAAUAUCCAUUAACCAGCUAGUUACCUUUACACUGCAAUAUAGAAUGUGAAAAUGAAGAUUUAUUUCUUUUAAUUUACUUAAAAAGAAACCUCUGUGCUAGCAAUAAAGCAUUUAUAUUGUGUA